AUGUCCAGUCAAUGCGCUAAAUGCCUGUUUUCCCUGCGCCGUAUCGACAAUACUCUUUUAUGCACUGAAUGUCAUAUCAACUGUGUAUCGCCGUCACUGCGUCCCAGGGGAUCUGAACCAUUCAUCUGCAAGAGUCAUCAACAUACAAGUAGCAGCGACUCGUCGUUGGCGUCUGUUGUCGAGGCUCUUCCCCAGUCUUCACCAGUAGGUCCACUGGCCACUGGCGCGUCCCUCUUACCUUAUCUCUCCAAGAAGCGGCUCGCCUCGCCCACUCUGUCUAGCUUACACGCACUGAAACUCCAUUGCCUGGGUCCUCCAUUGUUACGCCGCAAUUCAACAACUGUAGACAGAUCCUCGCCUGCAUCGUUGGAGAAUUCCUCUACUGCCUCUCACCAGACUAUACAGGUAGAGCCUACAUCUAAGCCAAUCAUGUCUGAUAAACCACCUACUUGGUUUGUUGGCUUCCUCGAGGAAUUCCAAGACCUCAGAAGCGAUAUCAACUCUAUCAGCUCCACUCUCCAGCAUUCCGUCAAACAAAAUGAUAUCAACAAUAAACUUGCUGCACACAUUGAUACCCCAGAGGUUAUGAGUCCUCUCACCCAAGCCACCCUUUUAUCACUUUCUCAUUCUACCUCUCAUCAACCUCCUCUCGCGAUCGCGUUAUCGCUGCAACAGCUCGUAUUCGUGAGCUCACCGCCAUAUCCAUUUUUGGGUGCGGUGGAAGCACCCCUGUCUACGUGCGCCCAGUCUACCCCAAAGUCAUCUACGAUCUCCUCACAAAAGCUAGAGCUGCCUGCACAUCUCUAUCUCCGUCCUGUAGUCCGCAAUCUGCGUAUCUUCGUGCGACCGACAUUUAAUUCUGAGCUUUUGCCGAUUCUCUGCGAGGAGGAUCUACACCGUCUCCCCCCCAAUCAAAAUCAAAAUCGCUCAGCAAACCUCUCACUCAACGCUAUUACCCCUACUCGUGGCUCUCGACCAUUCAUUCCACGAAAGUCCCAGCGACUGCAGCAACCACAAAGUAAUCAGCAUCAAUACCCGCAUCAGUUACCUUCACUACUACAAUACCAACAAGCGCAACAACCACCACAGCAACAGCAGCAGCAACCACAGCAACAGCAGCAGCAACCACCUCAACGGCAGCAACAACAGGAACCUCUGCAUAGUCAGCAGCUACUACAGCAUCCGCCACCUCAAUUGUCUCAACAGCUUCAUCAACAACCCCCGUCCCUGCAGCAACAAUAUCACCAGCCCCAAACGUUCCAUGCCCAACUCCAGCAUCAGCCACUCCAACAGCCCCAGCUACCGCACCUGCAAGCCACGCACCAACAAAAAUGCUUGCAGAAAAACCGUGGCCGGAAAACGGCACAAAACUCUGGUCCGCAUCUGCUCCCUGUUCUGCCUGCUCAUCCCUUAUCCGCUGUUAUAGCAUCCUCCAAUUCUCACACUGGCCAACCCCCACUUCUAAAUCAUCCGAGCAUCAGUCCCGAUGCUGCCCCUCGAAUGUCUUCACUGGCAAUGGAUACGGCGGAGCCUUCACUCUCAAGUGGGACGAGCUACCGUCAACCUUCCCACAUCGCAGAUGAUGCAUCCCUUCCCACUGAAUGCACUAUGGGAAAUCCACCUACCAUUGAUUGA